CACCCAGCUGUCUUGUGACUGCACUCCAGCCGAGUGAGUUGGCGCGGUUUGGAGUGUUGAGAGAGACUGUUGUCGGUGCUGGUGUUGUGUUCGGAGAGUUGUUCCUUGCAACUCUCGGUGGGCAACCCCAGAGCCAUCGGAGGAUUUUGCUGGGCCCUGCCAGGAUCAGGCAAGCGGGGCAGGCAGGAGGCGGCUCGCUCGCGGCAGCAGAGUGUGACAGCGGCUGCUGCAGCGCCGGUGAGAGGGAGCAGCUCGACACCCACAGCUCCCGCCAACCCACCGGAGGACACGGAGACCAUGGCCUCGGGGCUGGACACGCGCUGCGCCAUCUGCCUGGAGAGCUGGGAGGAGGCCAGCUACGUGAUGCCGUGCCUCCACCAAUUCUGCUACCCAUGCAUCGUGCGGUGGACUGAGAGCAAGCCUGAGUGCCCCCUGUGCAAGAGGAGGGUGACAUCCAUCUUGCACUCCGUGCGGGGGGAUGACGACUUCCAGGAGCACGUCAUCCCAGCACCUGGGGCACGAGCAGCUGUUGGCCGGCAGGCAGGACGAGCUCCCGCAAAUGCAGCUGCCCGCAGAGCUGCAGCAAGACAAGCAUGGCCUGUGGGGAUGGUGACCGGGGCUGCUCUGCGUGGGCUCCGGCCCAGGGUGCGGGCCUCUUUUUUCCAGGACCACCCGGCUCUCCUGCAGCCCGUCCUGAGCUGGGUGCGCCAGGAGCUGCGCCGGCUCUUUGGGACACGGUCUUCCCGGGCAGGCACAGUGGAGGCGCUCAUCACCCCCAUGCUGCUCCUCUUUGGGCUGGAUGAAGAGCAGCUGGUGCCGCUGCUGGAGGCCACCCUCCAAAACCGAGCGGCGACGUUUGUGCACCGGCUGAUGGACGUCGCUGCGCGACUCUGCAGCAGGGAGGCUGAGCGUCGGCUGGGCCUGGAGGACGGCCAUGCUGCCGCGGAGUGGGAAGGCAGCGCCGUGGCUGCCCCUGGCCCCGCUGUCUCCCCAGGAGGAUCUCCCACGCCUGGCCCAGCUUCCUCCAACAGCUUGGAAGGCGCCAACGUGGACCUCCUCCCCAGCACCUCCGCAGCUGCCCUUCAGCAGGGGCCCGGCAGCCCUCCCUCUGCCCCGAUUCCUACCCCUGGGCUGCAGGCAGAGCCCCAGGAGGAGCCUGACGAGGCUGGACCGCGUCCAUCUUCUCCCAGCCGGGGUAGAGAAGGCAGUUCUGCCGGGCCACGGCGAGCCCUGAAGAGGAAGGCUGGCAGCCCCGAGGACUCUUCUCCAGCCCCGAAGAGGCCCCCCAGCCGGCAGCACUAGAAGAACAGCCCAGGAGCUGCCGAAAGCAGGGCUGGGCCAGCAGCUGGGGCAUGAGCUGGCCCUCUGUGCUUAUCGGUCGGGAAAAGAAAAUAAAGACCUGCUAAGUGCAGAGCAAGUCUCGGUGUUCCUACCAGUGCAGGUGGGGUGUCUAUCCCCAGCCACGCUGCUUCCUCCCCCUUUUCUGGGGCCUGUGCCCACCCUUUCCUCUCAUUCUCCUUAGCAGAGCGGCUUGGGGCUUCUUCCUCUGCUUCUGUGCGGGAGAUUUGAGGGAUUUUCUUGAAGCUAAUGGACAUGAUAUGGAACUGAACUGAAGAGGCCUGUGAGGCCGAUGUGACUGCGGCAGUUGCACAGCCCCCUCUCUCCCUCCCUCCCUCCCUCAACCCUUUUCCUUCCAUGUGGGCACAUCCCCCUCUUCCCCAACACAUCCCCCCUCUCCGGCAAUGGGGCAUUUAUUAGCUCUCUUGUUUAACCUUCUGUUGCUUAGCUAGGUGAGGGGAAGAGCUGCCAAAAGGUUGGGAAGUUUCUGGGUGCCCACAGCCAGAGCUACUUCAGGCAGAAGGGCUGUGUCAGGCAAG